UAGUGGAUAGACGGUCCAACCGUCCCUGCAUAUUUCAAGAUUCCAGACGCUCACUGUUUUUCAUCUUUCUUUCUCUCAUAACCUUGUGGUCUUUCCUUUCUCUCAAAGCAUCAUACGCGUUGCACGCGAAUUUGGCCUCCAAGAGUCCACAUACACCACUCUUUUCCUGUCGAUCCUUUUCGGUACAACACAAUGACUCUAAAAUUGCUUGCGCUAUCGUCUCUCGCUUUGCUAACUAACGCGCAUAUGGCCGCGUAUCACAAGGCAAUGUAUUGCUUUAAUGGAACUGUGGCGGGACAGGUCAAUUAUAACAAUGACGACCCUGUCAGCCCCUUGUGGAUGUUACAGAAGAACGAUUACUGGUUUCAUCAUUUCAACGGGUGUGAUGAGUUUCCCCCUGCGCCAGGAGACUUCCUUGAACUACCUGCCGGAAGUUCCUUUACUGUUGAAGUAGCCGCCAACCGUGGUGUGACGUCCCUGUCAUUUAAUGGACAAUUUGCGACUGAGUGGGGUGAUGGUAAAAAUCACCCCGACGACUACUCCAUCGCAAACUUGGCAGGCUCUCCUCUUUCUGAAAGUGAUUGCAUAGGUAGUCCCAAUAUGCAUACACAAAACCAGUCCAUGGCUGCUGGGACUGCAUUCGCAAUCUCUUACCAGUCGGAACUCAGCGAGGUUACGAUUGACAACCUCGUCGUGUUUACCGUCCGCUAUAACACCCCCUGGAAACGUAUCACAAGCUACGAUGUUCCCAAGGACAUGCCUGCUUGUCCCGCAGAUGGUUGCACUUGUGCUUGGGUUUGGAUUCCGGAUGGGUGCGGCGAGCCUAACAUUUACAUGCAGGGAUUCAAGUGCAUGGUUACCGGCGCUACCUCCACUACUCCUCUUGCCACCCCUAAACCUCCCGUCUGGUGCGAGGGGGACCAGAGUACAUGUACUCAGGGCGCAAAGCAAAUCCUGAUCUGGAAUCAGGCUGAGGGCAACAAUAUCGCAGUUACUGGUAAUGACCUGAGCGGCAAUGCUAAGAGUCCGGCGUACAAUAGCAAGUGUGGGUUCCAGGACGGAGCACAGAAUGACAUCUUUGGUACAUCGUCCUCUGCCGCCGCCCCGCCUGUAGCAAUUGCUUCAUCACCCUUAUCGGCUACUUCAGUAUCCUCUUCAGCUUCAGCAUCAUCCUCUUCAGCUGUUGCAUCAUCCUCGCCAGCCGUCUCAUCUUACCCAUCACCUUCUUCGUCACCUGCUUCGUCACCCGCUUUAUCAUCUAAGAUAUCUUCUAGUGCUGUAGCCUCGUCAGCUGUUUCAUCAUACCCAUCACCUUCUUCAUCACCCGCUUCAUCAUCCAAGAUAUCUUCUAGUGCUGCAGCCUCGUCAGCUGUUUCAUCAUACCCAUCACCUUCGUCACCCGCUUCAUCAUCCACGAUCUCUUCCAGUGCCGCAGCCUCAGCGGCCUCACCUCCAUCGUGCGAGACUUCUACUAGUACAAUGUUCAUUACAUCUACGGUUCAGCCACCUGCGGUGGCAACCACCUCUACACCGAGUUAUCUUGCAACCUCACAAUCGGCCAACAAUCUCGUAGCCACUGCUGUAUCGAGCUCAUUGAGUGCCACCCCGACAGGCCACAAGACUUGCCGCAAACGGAUGGUUCACAAGCCCGUCCGUCGUCGUUUUCUUUUCAAGUAGUUGAUCUACGCUGCGAUCCUGUCGACUACAAUCAUCUCUUAUUGUUGAGCGGGCUCGACUAUCUUUUGUUAGCUCGUCUGUAGAUUGUGAGUUUCGCAUUCCCUCGUUUUCGUUUUUCUAUUGUCAUAUUCUUGAAGUUCGAUUAUUGUUUAUGCCCCGCAUGUUGUCGUUGUUACCAUCUCGGCGUUAGCACUCAUUGAAUGAGGCUCAAUGUAUUUUACUCCGCAUACAUUUGACAGAUACCAAAUACUAGAUACCGCAUGCUGAAUUCCCAUGUACCAGUCUUCCUUGCAUUGGAAGGCAACAGACUUGUGUGAUUCCAUACAAUUGUUUUUCUACGGAGUGAUUCUUGAUGAAACCAG